CACUAUUAUGCUACUUGCAUUGCUUGCUGUUAUGCUGCUUUGCAGCAGCAGCACUGUUAUGCUGAUGUACUUUGUUUGUUGUGCCUUCUAGGUUGUAUGAAGUUGAUAUCUGAUGGAUUGAGCUGGAAUGCUGAAGGACUAUUUGCAACUGGUUCAGAUUUUAGACUAUUUCUGCAAUCCUACAUUGGGACUGUUCUGGAAGCUGGGCUGUUCUACAUUGGUUUAUUUCUGA